AUGGAUAGACGUGGUGGUGGCCCAGCUUCUGGUGUUGGGGCAGCUUCUCCACGGAAACAUCAAUCCUUCCCUUCAUGCGUCACAGAUAUCUUGGAACAGGUAACGAAAGUUUGCGGUCAGCAAGGACAAAAAUGGCGUGGUCCUGCAGCGCUUCGAAACAAUGAAUUACAGUAUCAGUUGGAUAACGAUUUGUUUUGCAUUUCUCCGGAUCGACGAGUAUCUCGAUUAAAUCAAAUACAGCAGUUACGUCUAAUGCAGAUUCUUUGCGAUUACUUCAGAGAAAGAGAAUCCGAACCACGCGGCCAUCAAUAUUCCUAUUUUGAAGCUAUAUUUUGUGGCCGUGAAGGUGAACCACUUUUACACGAGACACGUAUUUCUUUGCUAAUCAAUUUGUGUUCACUAGCUGUACAGUACCCGUGUUAUUCAGUGUUAAACCAUAUUUCACAAUGGUUGCAUAAGAUUGGCAGUGGAAAGUCAUAUGCACAACAGUUUGUUUCCCAGCUUGUCGAUCAUUACAUUUUCAUUCCAGAUGAUUCUAAUUUGCACAAAUAUCUGUUACCUUUGGCUGAUGAAGUCCCCGAAUUCGUUUCCUAUUUUGUUGCUUACUCGGUAACGAGAGAUUCAUUGCGACAGUCACUUUUUUUAGUUCUGAAUCAUUGGUUAACUGGUCGGCGUAGUGACCUCAUUAUGGCAUUUAUCAGAGAAACUCCAAUUGUUACAAAGCAUUUCGCUUCUGUGACCUUUCCAUUUAUGGUUGUUCAUGAUUGCUCUGUUGGUGGUGUCCAUAAAAAUCCAUUACAUGGUUUUACAACAAUGCUUUACUCUGACUGGAAAACUUCUCCCUCAUUAGAAUUGAGACCGGCUCUCGAGAUUUUGUCGAAAGCUGCUGAUUAUUCAGUUUUUGACAAAAAUAUCCUGUCCUAUCACGUUCAUCUCGCGAAGCUAUCUCAUAUUCUCACACAAAAAGAUUUGUUGGAUAUUCUUGAAAAUCCCGACUCGAGUUUAUUCUUUAAAUCUCUGAAAGAUGAGCUUUUAAAAGUGUAG